AUGUCUGUUUUAUUCGCAUUGCCAAUUAUUUGAUUUGCAUCAGCGUGUACGCACGUGCUUACGUUUAUUUUUUUAGUUAUUCUAUUUUAAUGAAAGUGACUUGGAAGUGUUUUAAUUGCACUUGGCUCGCGUGUCACCCGCGCCAUAAUUGAAAAUCCAGUUAAACGGGAUAAAAAGGCCAAGACAGAUCUAAUUUAAGUAUCGCCGGAUCGAAACGUGUCCACAGAUAAAAUAACAUAGUGCAUUUUUAAAAAAGUACGUUAAAUUUAAAAUGAGUUCCUGUAAUUAUGAAGAAGUUAGAAAUGAUAUUAACUGUGAAGAGCAUCCAAAAGUAUCAAUUCAAUCCGUUUUAAAACAGGUAUUUAUAGCGAGUUCGGUAUGGAUGCAGUAUUUUAUGGCAGGCAUGUGUGUAGGUGCGCCUACAGUGUUCAUACCGCAGAUAAGAAAAGAAACUAAUUCAACAACUAUCAUCGAUGACGAAAUGGGAUCUUGGCUUUAUUCAACAAGCGGCUUCGCCAUGUACCCUUGGAUUUUUAUCUUACCGUUUAUGACAAGUCGCUUCGGCAGGAAGCUACCACAGCUGGCGACAUCGGUAUGCACUACGGCUACGUUUAUUAUCCUAUACUUCAGCCAAAAUCCGUACCACAUCCUGAUAUCUGAGGUCCUCCAAGGGUUUGUUUACGCAGGAAAUAUAACAAUACGAAUUCUCAUAACCACAGAGUAUACAUCGAUAAAAUUUCGCGGGUUAUUUUUGUCAAUAAAAUCGGCGAGUUUCUUUUGGGGAAUAUGGGUUGCCAAUGCAAUUGGUACAUACUUUUAUUGGAAAAACAUUGCUAUAGUCGGUUUCAUUUGUUCGAUAUAUACUUUUAAUGUUAUUUUUUGGCCCGAGUCACCAUUUUGGUUGGCAAGUAAAGACAGGUUUGAUGAAUGUAAAGCAUCGUAUAGAUGGAUACACGGUUACAGUGCACGUUCAGAAAAGAAAUUACAGGAUAUGAUAUCGUGGUACAUUGAUAAAAACGACGACGUAAAUUUGUUUCGAAUGGUUAAAGACAAAGAGUUUUAUAAACCUAUAUUAUUGUGCGUUUCAACGGUCAUCCAAUAUCAUUUUUCAGGAAAAGUCAUAUGUUCAUUAUAUAUAUUGGAUAUUUUAAAAAGUUUCACAAAUGAUACAGCCACUGCAUAUAUGUCUAUGUUGAUUUUAGAUGGUUUAUCGGUUUUCGGCAUGUAUUUCGGUUCAUAUUUAUCAAAGAUCUUAAAACGCCGAACGCUGUACAUGUCUUCAUCAUUCACUGGUUUAUUUUUCUUAUUUAUAAUAUCGUUAUAUUUAUAUCUAGUUAGGUUUUCAGUUGUCACUCAAAACAAUUAUAUAACAAUAGGCUUGUUAGCUAUAUAUACAAUAUCAAUAAGUUGUGGUCCAAUGAUAUUAUGUUUAUCGAUAUAUGGUGAAAUUAUUCCUCUUAAAUAUCAAUUGUCUUCUUAUAUGAUAACUGGGUUGACGUUUACAAUUUUUUUCUCAUCGUUAGUAAAAUUUACACCAUCGAUAUUUACAGCGUUCGGUAUACACGGCACUUUCUUAUUUUACUUUAUAACAUUUGGUGUCUGUACAGUUUAUUUAUACAUCUAUAUGCCCGAAACUAAAAAUAGAACACACAAAGAGAUCGCUUUAUUUUUUAAACACGAUAAUACUAAAAUUGUGGAACGUAGCCCUCUCAACUGAGUUAAGUUCGUUUGUUAAGUGUUAAACGGAGUAAAUGUUAACUUGAUAAUUUCAUACAUCCUGUUAUAUUUUAUUUUUAAUUAUUAAGGUUUAUUAUCUAACUGCACUAGAAGGCAUUCCAUUUAAAUUUUAUUGUAUAUUUUUUGCUAAAUAUUGAUUUAUUAUUUCUCAUAACAUUCUCGGAUCUAA